CAGCCCUGCUAAGAGGAAGACAGUCUUGUUGAGAGAUCUCCACCAGCUGCCUGUGCAGCCCAUCACCACUUCUCACCAGCAGCUCCCCAAAGCAUGCAAACAAGAUAAAAGACUCUUAACAGUGCUUACAGAAAGUGACUUGAUGCCAGAGCCAAAUCCAGCAGGAUAAACCAUCAGCUCCAGAGGCAUAUUCAGAGCAGGCACAGAACAAGAAGGUAUAGCACACUAGCAGAAGAACGUUGGUGACCACUGUACAUACAUUGCAACCUGUGCCAGCAGGACCUCACUCAUGGCAUCAGUGCUGGGGACCAGUAGGACAACAGGAUGUCCAAGCAGCCAACUUAAAUUCAAGUCCAGAAGGAGGAGGAGGAGAUCCAAAAGAAAAGCUCCUGCCAGCUUCUCAAAACAGUCAACGACUUGGGACUUUCUGAUGUCAACGCAGCCAACCGUGAUGUCAUCGCAGCAAAUAAGAACCUCCAGCUCCGAUAUUAGGACGAGUCCCCAGACGGUUUCCCCAGGGAAAAGCCUGCCAGGAGGUGUAAAAUACAGAGAAAAACUAAGCAUGCUGUCAACAUUGAUUGUUCCUUUCAAAUAUAUAAAUCCUGGAUCUGGCAGUGUGGAUGAUGAAGAUAAUUUAAGUACAAGCAGCGCCGAGGUAAAGGAAAAUCGAAACGUGGGAAACAGAGAGGGUCAUGGCCUAUCGUCAAGUGACAGACCAAAGGUAGGACCGUCCGGCAUUAAACGGAAGAGACCUUUGGAGGAAGGGAACGGUGGACAUUUUUGUAAACUACAAAUCAUACUAAAGAAGCUUUCAUGGUCAGUCACGCCAAAAAAUGCCCUCGUUCAACUUCAUGAGCUAAAGCCAGAUUUACAAUACAGAAUAGUUUCACAGACCGGCCCUGUGCACGCGCCUGUCUUCUCCGUUGCCGUGGAAGUAAAUGGUCUCACGUUUGAAGGCACUGGACCAACCAAAAAGAAAGCAAAAAUGAGGGCAGCAGAGCUAGCGCUAAAGUCAUUUGUCCAGUUCCCGAAUGCUUGUCAAGCUCACUUUGCAAUGGGAAACUGCGUCAACCCGUCGACCGACUUCACGUCUGACCAGGCAGACUUCCCAGAUACUCUGUUCAAGGAGUUUGAACCGUCUACGCACAGCGAACACUUCUCAGGCUAUAGCCCAGUUAAUAAUGAAUUGCUUUCUGGUGCAUACCGACACGGGAGGUUAUUCUGUCACACGUUGGAUUUAAUGGGCCGUACGAAACAAAACAAGCACAAGAUGGCACCUCCAGCUGAGAGCGAAGAGAACCCAGUGGUGAUGCUCAAUCAGUUGCGACCUGGUCUGAGGUACGUCUGCCUUUCGGAGACCGUGGAAAAGCAACACAUCAAACGUUUUGUAAUGGCAAUGAGAGUCGACGGGAGGACAUUCGAAGGCACGGGACGUAGCAAGAAACUGGCAAAGGCCCAGGCGGCACAAGCAGCCCUGCAGGAUCUCUUUAACAUUCAACUGAACAGUCGCAUACCCAACAGGAGUAAAUGUAACCGAUUACCACAGGUAACUCUUACUGCAAGUCGCAAGGCUUGAUGAUUA